AUGGCGCCACAUUUGGACGUACCGUCUCCAGCGGGCAGCUACACGACGGGCUUCAACAAAAUCCCAUUGUGUCCUAAUAUCUCUUCGGCAAUGAAAUUGGGCAACUUUACACCAGCCGAGUCACACUCCUCAUUGAGCAGUUCUCUCGAGAGUGCGUCCUUGGAAGGCGACUUUCAGAUGACUCGACCUUUGGUGCCCGGAGUCUACGUGCCAACCAUGUGCUUCUUCGACACUGAGACGGAGGACGUUGAUACCGAUGCCAUCGCCCGACACUCAGUUCGCCUAGCCCAGGCCGGUGUAACAGGCCUCGCCACACAAGGGUCCAAUGGCGAAGCCGUUCACUUGACGCACGCUGAGCGCCAACUAGUCACGUCUACCACACGUACGGCGCUGAACGGAGCCGGCUUCUCUCACAUGCCGGUCAUCGUCGGCUGCGGCGCUCAAAGUUGCCGUGAGACGAUACAGUUCUGUCGUGAGGCGUGGGAGGUUGGUGGAGAUUAUGCUCUGGUUUUACCCCCAUCGUACUACGCGCCCUUGUUUGCGCCCUCCUCCGAAACAACCAUCCAGUACUUCACAACCGUAGCCAGUGCGUCGCCAAUACCGCUCAUAAUCUACAACUACCCAGGCGCCGUGAAUGGCAUGGACCUUUCCUCUGACAUCAUUCUCGAGCUGGCGCAGCACCCCAAGAUUGUGGGCGUCAAGCUGACCUGUGGUAACACGGGCAAGCUGAACCGUGUCGUCGCUGCCACGCGAAAGCUGUCCAAGAACUACGACCAUGACAACCCCGAGUUCCUGGUCCUUGCGGGCUCGGCCGACUUUUCGAUACAAUCGCUGGUCGCUGGAGGCCAUGGCAUACUGGCGGGUCUCGCAAACAUCGCGCCCAAGGCAUGUAUCAGUACCAUCGAGCUGUACAAGGCGGGAAAGUACGACGAGGCCCAGCAGAUGCAGGAGACGGUCUCACAGGGCGACUGGACCGCGAUACAGGGUGGCGUGGUUGGUGUCAAAGCCGGAAUUCAGUCGUGGCUGGGCUACGGCGGCUACGCGAGGAGCCCGCUACCCAGGCCAACUGCCGAGCAAACAAAAUCGUGGAAGGAGGGCUUCAGGGAGCUGGUUUCGCUGGAGAAGUUGUUGUGA